AUGUCAGAUAUUUGUAUUGUAACCUCUGUUUUACCUUAUAAAAUGGAAUUUCAGUUGAGCACCGAAAGAACCUAUGUAGCUGAAUUAGAAUCUCUGAUAGAACACUAUGUCGAACCCUUUCAUGCGCCCGAAUAUCAGCAGGGCAUUGCGGGGCCAAUUCGCGGACGAAGUGAUCUGGUCUUCGGUAAUCUUCGCGAACUUCUUCAUUUUCAUUCUCGUUUCCUUUUGCCGGACUUACUGUCAAACGAGAAUUCGCCAGCUGGUAUUUGCCGCGUUUUCGUCCAGCAUGCUAAUAGAUUUCUCUCUUUAUAUCACGCAUAUUGUCAAAAUAAAACUGCUAGUGAUGCGAUUCGCAAAGAAUUCUGCGAGAUGUCCUCUUUCUUUGCGGAUUGCCAACGGCGUGCCGGUCAUCCUUUGCCUUUGGGAGCAUAUCUGCUGAAGCCCGUGCAAAGGAUUACCAAAUACCAACUUCUUUUGCGAGAACUCGAAAGGCACUGCCGUCCUGAGGUCCGCCCGGAAGUUGCAGCUGCAUUAUCUACGAUGUUGGAGUUACUUGCACAGAUCAACGCCGCUAUUCACCAACUUCAUAUUUCAGGUUUUAAUGGUGAUCUACGUUUACUGGGGCCGCUUAGAUUGCAGUCUGAAUGUGAUGUAUAUCAAUUUAGCCGCAAAAAGAAGGGGAAAACGGCACGAGCGCAGCGAAGUCGCAAAAAGAAGGGGAAAACGGCACGAGCACAGCGAAGGUAAGU